CAUGAGGCACCAAACACAACGGUGAAGACCACCCACUCACCAUGACAGGCACAGCGAUAUGGACAAGCGGAGAAGCUGUAUUUAGCGAUAUUGGGAAAAAAAAAAUUUCAGCAUGAAUUUUGAUAAAAUUUUUUCUCUUGCACACUACUCCUUCGUUCUUUGCACAAGGACCCUUCCGAUUGGCACGACAGCAUACUCGCCAACUGCACCUACAACACACGCACACGCACACACAACCACGCAGCAUGCCAUCGAAGAACUCAAUCAACAAGCCUAAGGACAACAUGAUCCGCCAGCGGAAGUCGCUCGGAGCGUCCAAGAGACGCCAGCGCCGCUCGCAGCAGUCUGUGACGAUGAUCCAGACGUCCAACGGCAGCACUGCGGUCGUGCCGGUGGUCACCGUCGGCGGUGUGAUCACAAACAGGGUCAUAUCGAACAAGAAGGCCCGGAAAGUGGAGAGAAACCUCAAGUAUGCGCAGCUCAGACGCGACGGCGCUGUGCAUGCCAAGCGCAGCAGCGGCGGCGACGUCGAGAUGGCCGACGAAGGUGCUGCUGCCCGCAGCGGCAAGACCAGCGGUGCCAAAGAGAGCGCUGUCCGCAAGGCGCUCUGGACCGUUGUCGAGGACGCCAAGGUUUCUGGCGUGCCCGUCGCGGUCGCUGCUGGCGAGGGCACCACGCUCGGCGGGCCUUCUUUCUAGCCUCCCGGCCUUCCAGCCUUCUAGCCGCCUCCACUGCAACUCUAUAGCUACUCUAUAGCUGCUACCCGUGUGUAGCCCCGUCUGUGUUUGACGUGUGUCGCCACGGCUCGGAUCGAACACUAUUUUCCUAACCUCUCCUAAACAAACAAUGCUGUUGUGCGGUUUCCGUACUAGCUGUAGCAGCUGCAGCAGAUCUGUGUUUACCCUAAGCUCCUGCCCACGUCUUAUCUCGCUUCUUUAGGUAACGGCCAGCGGUGCCAUGAUGAUUCAAAGGGGGCGACGGCGACGGCGCUACGUCAUCUCGGAAUUUUUAAUCACUCACACGCUUCCACGCUCGGUCGCAGCUUUUCCGCUGUGGGCAACGGCCGGGCCUACGAUCUGACAUGCCGAACCGCAUGGCUGGACGCCGUGUUCUGCCUGCCGGCAUGGCCG